AUGAGUUUUCACUUUGAUUGGUCGCGUUGGGAUCAAACAGCUACGAUUGAAUUGAUUAAAAAACUUGCAACACAAGGAUUGAAUGCUGGAGAGCCAAAUCCAAUGUUGUGUGCUCCAUUGACUUGUAGUGAUUUUUCAUUCGGAACUACACCUCCACAAUUUUCUAUCGAAAAAUUACCAAAACUUUCACUUUCGCAACAAGAAAUACAUCUCCGAUUUUUCUAUCAAGGUGAUGGAUAUAUAAAAUUAAAAACAAGAGCACAAAUUAACAAACUUGUUCCGAACCAAAGCUAUUUUGGAUACAGUUUAGGAAUUGGUAAUCAAAUGGUUGGCCAAUAUCCAGUUGAAAUGCCACUAGAAAUAACCAUCAAAGAUUUAAAAUUGGACGGAUUGUUGAUUAUAAAAACAGAUACCUCUUUUGUGGAGACAACAAACAUCAAAGAUCUAAUGAAUCUUUCUAAACAUAAGGAUCUUUCAAACGAAGCAAAAGCUAAUUUAUUGAGCAAAGAACCAGCUAGAAAUUCUUCCGUAUACAUUCAAUUGAAGAAUAAUCCCUUGGCUGGUAUUGAUGUUUACAGCACCUUUGAAGAGGCAAUACCGCAAACAAAAUCAAUAUUUAUGAACAUGGUAAAAGGUCAAGCAGAAGAAGGAAUAUCUGAGUUAAUGAAAGAACCUAAGAAAAUUGAUAUAGAUAUUAAUGAGCUGCUGAUUGGAAAGCCUGCCCAAGGGAAUCCUACAGCAUCCUCAUCAGCAGUAAUUUAA